UCUCUCUCUCUCUCUCUCUCUCUCUCUCUCUCUCUCUCUCUCUCUCUCUCUGUGUCUGUGUCUGGGUGUGGUGUGUGCUUAGAAGAUUGUAAAACUAGACCAAAAUUGACAUUAAAGAAGGCACUUCAUUGUUUCUUGGAUUUCAACUUGCCCCCUGCUGGAGAAAUCGAGAAUAAAUGCUAUUAACUCUAGUUACUGAUCCAGAAACCGUACCAGUUCACCAGUACUUUAAUGUCUCAGCACAAAGGUGCUUAAGAGACGUAACUCGGAAAACAUGGCUAGGAGCAGCCAAAAUUGGGAAGGAUUAGGAGGUGGAUUUGAAAAGAUAGAUUGGCCCCACAAAAACUAGUAGCUUUUGAUUGUUGAAUUGUUGACAAGUCUCUUAGAAGCAUGCAACAGGUCCAAUCCUUGUAUAUAUACAGGCUUUUAUAUGUUUUUUACUAGCUACCUUAUUGUUAAACAUUUCAAAACUAGUUCCAUCUUAGCACAGGGAGAAAGAAUAGUCAUGUGCAACCCAAAGCCAUCAUCUGCAACGUCCUUUGUAUCUCAUUUAUUAAACUCCAAGAAAAUCUCAAAUCGUGACCAAGCCAAUCAAGAACUUCAUAGAUGGCCUACUACUUCUGAGGCAUUGGAAGAAAUCAAAGCAAUAGGAAGGAUAUCAGGACCAACAGCUAUUACCGGGCUGAUACUAUAUUCGAGGGCAAUGAUUUCCAUACUAUUUCUUGGAUACCUUGGAGAGCUUGAACUUGCAGGGGGUUCUCUUUCUAUUGGUGUUGCAAAUAUCACUGGCUAUUCUGUUAUCUCGGGUUUGGCUAUGGGCAUGGAACCAAUUUGUGGACAAGCUCGUGGUGCGAAUCAAAUGAAGCUCCUUGGACUUACCUUACAAAGGACGGUGCUUCUUCUUUUCUCUACCUGCAUACCUAUCUCUUUCAUGUGGCUUAACAUGAAAAGAAUCUUGUUAUGGUGCGGCCAAGACGAGGAAAUCUCAUGCAUGGCUCAUACUUUCAUUGCCUUUGCCAUUCCAGAUCUCUUCUUCCUCUCACUGCUUCAUCCGUUGAGAAUCUACCUCAGGACUCAAUGUAUCACAUUACCAUUAACCUAUUGCUCAGCUAUAUCAGUUCUCCUACACGUGCCGUUAAAUUUUCUUCUUGUAACGUAUUUUAAAAUGGGUGUAGCCGGGGUGGCCUUGGCAAUGUCUUGGACAAAUCUCAAUCUCUUCCUUCUGCUCUCUUUGUUCAUAUACUUCUCUGGUGUAGACAAGGACUCAUGGGUGGCUCCAAGCAUGGAUUGCCUACGCGGAUGGUCAUCUUUACUAGCCUUAGCCGUGCCAAACUGUAUCUCAGUUUGCCUAGAGUGGUGGUGGUAUGAAUUCAUGAUUAUGCUUUGUGGACUCCUAGCAAACCCCAAAGCUACAAUUGCUUCCAUGGGAAUCCUUAUCCAAACAACCUCUCUAGUCUAUGUGUUUCCAUCAGCCCUCAGCCUUGGUGUCUCCACCAGAGUUGGGAACGAGCUCGGUGCUAGAAGACCAGAGAAAGCACGAAUUUCAAUGAUAGUUUCAAUCACUUUUGCAGUGGCAUUAGGUUUUGCGGCCAUGUGGUUCACCACCCUAAUGAGACAUAAAUGGGGCCGGUUUUUCACAAGAGACGCGGAAAUUCUUGAUCUCACUGCAGUAGCAUUACCCAUAGCUGGGCUAUGCGAGCUUGGGAACUGCCCGCAAACCACCGGUUGUGGGGUGUUGAGGGGAAGUGCAAGGCCUAGUAUUGGUGCAAAUAUCAACUUAGGUUCAUUUUACUUGGUGGGAAUGCCAGUGGCCAUCCUGAUGGGAUUUGUGCUGAAAAUGGGGUUUAGUGGGCUAUGGCUUGGCUUGCUAGCAGCUCAGUCUUCAUGUGUAUUGCUCAUGUUCUAUGUUCUGUAUACAACUGAUUGGAUUGUUGAAAUGGAGAGAGCAAAAGUGCUCACAACACAAUCUUCGACGUCCUCGACUACUGCUUCAGCAUUACCAGUGUCUUCUUCUUCGGAAGUUAACAAGAAUUUAUUAGACGAGAUUCUAUGCACUAAUGAUGAGUACUUGAAGAAGUCAUCAUCAGUUUCAUCACUUGAAACUGACCCUCUCAUUACGUACACUGCAUCAAACUAAUUAGGCAUGCAGCUUCCACUUCUUUUCAUCAAAAAAAAAAAAUAAUAAUAAUAAUAAUAUUCUUCAUUUGGAUUCAAAC